AUGGCCGUCUUCUUCUUACUUCUCCUGUCUCUCACUGAGCUGGUCCUCAGUGCUCCUACUGACCCCAACGCCCUCAACCUUUCCUUCCACCAGAGCCUGAAUCUCUCCAGGAAAAUCUUGCAGGAUGUUCAACAUCUGCUUCUGAAAUACAAACAAGAGAAGAUUGGAAACCCUUCUUUUGAAGAUUAUAACCUCAUGUUGGGAAGUCUACCGUCCUGCCAGGUUGAUUACAGGAGCUGGUUGGAACAACAGGAUGAGGAGAGACUGCUGCUGAAUUGUCGGGAUCUCCAGGUGUUUUGGAUGCACGUAGACACCAAACGGGUCCAUGAGCUCGGGCAGAGCCAGGAUUCAGCAUUGCUGGAAUCUAUGGAAGCCAUUUCGUUGGACCUCAGAGAUCUGAUAUCUCAACUCAACUCCCAGAUCUCAGCCCUGAACGGUUCCUCUCCCGACACCUCGACCCUGACUCUCCCCAAUGACGUGCUGAACCCACUGUACGACUGGCACAGCAGGUUGCAGGGUUACAUCAUCUUCAGAGACCUGGAGGUCUAUCUGAACAAGGUGGUCCGGGACUUCACUGUCUUGAAGAAACACUGA